UAAUUAAUAAGUUUCGUUGAACCAUAUCGGUUAAGCCAAUCUACAUAUAAACUAAUCGGAGGCUGAGCUCAGCUCACCAACUAAUUCCAUUUUUUAAAAUAUUACUAUAUAAGUAAAAAUUAUAUAUAUAUAUAUAUAUAUAUAUAUUGAUAUUAACAUUUCUUAUUUACGCGUCAGAUAGAAAUAUACCGAGUGAGAGCCGUGUGCUCACAGCGCACGCACAGUGUGCCAAAUCCCAUCGCGCAGAAUCAAUGUUCUUCCCUGCUCUCGCCUCCUUCACUGUCAAACCCAUUGAAUAUGCUGCACCCCUUUUGUUGAAUUUUUGAAUUCAACUUCAAGCAGCCUUUUCGAUCUGCCAUCUUCCCAUCCUUCAAUCUUUUUGAAUCAUUCAACACAAAUUAAUCUUCGCGUCCAACCAUCAUUCCCGAAUUCAAACAUCGACCCUUCCUUUCAAGCCCUCAUUAAUAAACUUCAUAAAUCCCCUGUUCCCCAAUUUUUCAUGCAUUAAAUCCUUUGGCUUCUUCAAUCAAUCUGCAUAAAUGACGGCGGGGCGGCGAACUUAGUACCGGGUAAUCUACUAGUCUUUGGUUGUAGUCGUAACUAACGCGCGCCAUGAUUUCCGAUAACCCAAUUCUCGUCACCGCCGCCGUCGCCGGCUGCGCCUUCUUCUUUAUCCGGUUCUUCUCCGCCGCGUCGCUGCUUUACACCCUCAGAAAAUGGUGGAUUUCGGUCGAGGACAGAUUCCACGCGCAGCAGUGCUUCAAAGUUCCACAGUACAACGACGUCAUUCAGGAGAACCAGUUGUAUCGAAGAGUGUCCAAUUAUCUCAGCUCCUUGACCUCCCUCGAGGACUCCGAUUUCACGAACCUUUUCGCGACAUCGAACGACGUCGUCCUUUCCCUCGACGCCAACCAGACCGUCCGCGACACCUUCCUCGGCGCCAGAAUGGCCUGGACCGCCGCCGCCGAUUCCAAAAACGGCGAUAAGUCGUUUGUUUUGAGGAUCAGGAGAAGCGAUAAGCGCAGGGUCCUCCGGCCCUACCUACAGCACAUCCACGCCGUCUCCGAGGAGAUCGAACAGAGGAGAAAAGAGGUCAAGCUGUUCCUGAAUUUUGAUCAAAAUCGCGAUGGUAAGAGCAUCGGACGGUGGAGAUCGGUCCCGUUCUCCCAUCCUGCGACGCUCGAUACCGUCGUUUUGAAUCAGGAUCUCAAGAACAAGUUGAGGAACGAUCUCGAACUCUUCCUAAAGUCGAAACAGUACUACCACCGAUUAGGCCGCGUUUGGAAGCGGAGUUACCUCCUGUACGGCCCUUCCGGCACAGGAAAAUCCAGUUUCGUCGCCGCAAUGGCUCGAUUCCUCUGCUACGACGUCUACGAUGUCGACCUCUCGCGAGUUUCCGACGACCUGGAUCUGAAAUUGCUCCUCCUCCAGACGACCUCCAAGUCGCUGAUCGUGGUCGAAGAUCUCGAUCGGUUCUUGGCGGAGCGAUCGAAAUCGACGGCGGUGAGCACUUCGGGGGUUUUGAACUUCAUGGACGGGCUCUUCUCCUGCUGCGGCGAGGAGCGCGUGAUGGUCUUCACGAUGAACGGCAAAGAUCAGAUCGACAUCGAUCCGACGGUCCUCAGGCCGGGGAGGAUCGAUGUUCGCAUCCAUUUCCCGCUCUGCGAUUUCCCGGCGUUUAGGGCUCUAGCGAACACUCACUUGGGCGUGAAGGAACACAAGCUGUUCCCACAAGUGGAGGAGAUUUUCCAGAGCGGAGCGAGUCUGAGUCCGGCGGAGAUCGGCGAGAUCAUGAUAUCGAACCGGAACUCGCCGAACCGGGCUCUGAAAUCGGUAAUCAACGCGCUGCAGACGAACGGCGACGGGAGGGAAAGCGGGACGGUGGGUCAACGAUUGACUCAAGUGAGCCAGGCCGGGUCGGGUCAGUCGGGGGACGAGCCGGGGGAACCCGGAACCGUAGUUUGCCGGGAGAGUAUUCAUAUGGUUAGAGAGUUCCGGAAGUUGUAUGGGUUGUUUAGGAUGAGGAGCGGCCGGAAAGACGAGCCCUUUGAGUUGGGCUCCGCCGAGAAGGAGGCUUCCCGGCACGGGUCAUGAGGCACGUGUGUAUCACGUGACCAUUCUUUGCCUCGUGGCCACGCAAACUCCAGAUGGUCAGUUGCUCGCCAAACUCAUCGACCAUGGUACUGAUGUGUUUGGUACAUAUGUUAAAACGAUUCGGCAAAUACAAAAUUUGUUCGAUCAUCGUGCGAAUGAUAUUCACGAUUAUGAUUUCGAUUACUAUAUGUAUUUUUCAAAACUAUUGAAUUGUGCAAGGUGCAUAGGAAGAUAUUCAAUUUGGAUGAUAUUGAGAAAUUGGAGGUUUUGAAUUUAAAGUUGUGUAAAUUUUUAGAUAAAAUUUCAUAUGAUUUAUAUUGAAAUUUAUUUAAAUUUAUAAA